AUGCGGGAUUUGGUUAGCAUGAUUGCGAGUUUAGUGUUGGCCCUGCUGCUGUUAGCUAAUACACGCGGCGAUGGUGCGUCAUCGGCAAGGACAGCGCACACGACCGUCUCUAAGAUGAGAAUGGCCGAUCUGGAGACCUCGGCGAGCGGAUACGCGUACAAUCAGCAUGGGGCUCUUCCGAUCUUGUACAUGCGGUACACCAAUCACGGAAGCGGACGUUACUACCGUGCACCGGCGGCAGUGCAUUACAUCGUUGGCAGUCCCGCACCUGUUGCGCCCACCGUUUCUGAAACUGCGUCGUCGCACGAAUCCGUUCCGCUCGCGUAUGCGACUGCGAGGCACGAAAUUGCACCGUACGUAACGCGUCAGCCUUACCCGCGCGAUGGAUUCAUUAAUUAUGGCGUGGGCCAAUUAGCGAAAUAUGCGCAACCACUUGAGCUGCCUCAACUGACUGCCACACGUGCGCCGUACUAUGCGCCUGACACAUUUAAACCGCUCGAAACGGAUAAAAAUAUCGACAAGAGAAGCGACGACGAGGAGAAUGAGGACGAUUAUGACAGCGAUGAGGAGGACGACGGCGAUAAAAAAGAGAAAAAAGGGCAUGUGCCUGAGAAUCGCGAAAAAGCAGUUGAUUUUAUAGCAACCCAUCCUAUUCACGGCCUCGACAACUCUCGUUCAGAUAUCGACGUUUCGUUUGAACACGGUGAAAAGUAUUCGGCCGGGCAGAAUUCCGCUCAUGGAGAAAAGGGUGACAAAGGGUACAACAAACGAGUGGAAUUUGACGUGGGUGAACGCGAACAGCAUGAUAAAAGCAGGCAACAAGAACGUUACGAUACCGAAACUGGGCACAAAAACGGACACAGCGACGUAGCUGGAAAUUAUGGCCGGUACGAUGAAACUGAGAAUAGUGAGAAGGGUAGUAGUUACGGGCAGACGUCAUACCACAAAAAGGGGCAAAAGACCAGUGGCUUUCAUAAAGUCUACCACAAGGAUGAAUAUAAAAAGCAUACCGAUUUCUAUGAUGAGAGCCACAAGAAAGGUUAUUUCGACAAGCACUUCGUUGCUGAUGAGCAUCAUAACGCUGCGGAAGGUGAAUUCAAGAAAGGCGGACAUCAUGAAUCCGAGUUUGACGAUAGAAAUAGUGGGAAGAAAGGAUUUUAUGACAAUGGAUAUAUACAGAAUCGCGAUCGGGGCUAUAAUAAAGAAAAAGUGAAUUGA